GAUGCUGUCCGUGUCAUACGCGCUGUCGCAGGGUGGGUGGCUAAGCCUGGCGCUCUUCGUCCUCGUCGGCGCGAUCUGCUACUACACGGGCAAGCUCAUCGACCGCUGCAUGCGCGCAGACGACUCCGUCAGGAGCUACCCCGACAUUGGGCAGCUCGCCUUCGGGCCCCACGGCCGGAGAGCCAUCGGCGUCAUCAUGUACAUCGAGCUCUACCUCGUGGCCGUCAGCUUCCUCAUCCUCGAGGGCGACAAUCUCGACAAGCUCUUCCCUGGCGCAAGCUUCGACCUCGCGGGCUGCCGGGUGCAGGGGAAGCAGCUCUUCGUGCUUGUGGCCGCCGCUGUCAUUCUCCCCACGACAUGGCUCAAGGAUCUCAGCGUGCUCGCAUACGUGUCUGCGGUCGGGCUCGUGGCCUCGGUGGCCUUGACGGCGUCCCUUGCCUGGGCCGCCAUAGCCGCCGAGCAUGGCUUCCACGCAAGGAAGGCCAGCACCGUCUUGAACGUGAAAGGUCUGCCGACCUCCCUCAGCCUCUACUUCGUCUGCUUCUCCGGCCACGGCGUCUUCCCGACCGUGUACUCCUCGAUGAAGAAAAACAAGGAUUUUCCCAAGGUCCUGUUGAUCUCUUCUGUAUUGUGCAGCCUGAACUACGCACUGACAGCGAUCCUGGGUUACCUGCUCUACGGCGACGACGUGCAGGCACAGGUGACGCUGAACCUGCCCACAGGCAAGAUGUACACCAAGGUGGCCAUCCUGACGACCCUGAUCAACCCGCUGGCCAAGUACGCGCUCGUCAUCCAGCCCAUCGCGGAGGCGAUCGAGGCGAAGCUGCCCAUCGCCGAGAGGGGCCUGACCAGGGUGCUCAUCAGCACCGCCGUGCUCGCCAGCACGGUGGUGGUCGCGUCCACCGUGCCCUUCUUCGGAUACCUCAUGUCAUUCACCGGAUCCUCCCUCAACGUCAUCGUCGCCGUCCUCUUCCCGUGCCUGAGCUACCUCCAGAUCUACAUGCCCAGGUCAGGAGUCCACCGUUUCGAGGUUGUGGCGAUCAUCGGCAUACUCGUCAUCGGAGUGUGCGUUGCUGUUGUAGGCACUUACACCUCCGUGCACCAGAUUAUAGGCACGUUCUGACUUCUGACGGCGAAACAA